UAAACAAAUCAGACAGAAAGUCAAUGCCAGCAAAUUGAUUAACUAGUCUAUUCGAUGUAUCGUAAGAGGACCAUAUAUUGACAGAAUGACUUGUUGAAUCAAUCUUGGUGAGUUAAAACAAAAACAAACAAAAAAAAAAGUAGAGAGAAGCGAGGAAAUGGAUAAUGUAGGAUUUUCUAAACACGUGAUAUUGCAUCUCUGGAUUUGGAUUUUCCUUGCUAUGACAGAUAUUUCAGAGUCCAGCCCUGCAGGUAUACGACGUAUUUUUAAUUUUGGUGAUUCGAAUUCUGAUACUGGAGGAGUGCUCGCCGGAACUGGACUUCCGAUUGGGCUUCCUCACGGCAUCACAUUUUUCCAUAGAGGCACUGGACGGCUAGGGGAUGGACGUCUUAUUAUUGACUUCUUCUGUGAACACUUGAACUUGAGUUAUCUAAGCCCAUAUUUAGACUCAUUGGCACCGAACUUCACUAGUGGAGUGAACUUUGCUGUAAGUGGGGCAAUGACUCUGCCACAGUUUGUCCCUUUUGCUCUGGAUGUUCAAGUUCGCCAAUUCAUUCGUUUCAAAAAUAGAUCACUUGAACUCCAAACAACAGGUUUAGGAGAUUUCAUAGAUGAAAAGGGGUUUCGCGAUGCACUAUACACGAUUGACAUUGGACAGAAUGAUUUGUUAAUGGCAUUGUAUGCAUCAAACUUGACAUACGAACCAGUCGCAGAACAAAUCCCUUCUUUUCUCGCAGAAAUCAAAUUAGCCAUUCAAAACAUAUAUUCAUAUGGUGGCAGAAAAUUUUGGAUACACAACACCGGUCCAUUGGGAUGUGCUCCAAAAGAACUUGCAUUACAUUCUCAUACUAACAAGGAUCUCGAUCGAAUUGGAUGCUUCCGCGUCCAUAAUGAUCUUGCAAAAGCCUUCAAUAAAGGCCUGCGCAAUAUCUGUAAAGAAAUGAGAACUGUUUUAAAGGAUGCAACCAUUGUCUACAUAGAUGUAUACACCAUAAAGUACAAUAUCUUCACGAAGUAUAAAAAAUAUGGUUUUGAGUAUCCAUUUAUGGCUUGUUGUGGCUAUGGGGGACCUCCAAAUAAUUACGAUCAAAAAGCAACGUGCGGCCAGCCUGGUUCCAGCAUCUGCAACAAUGUAUCACGAUCUAUAGUCUGGGACGGAGUUCAUUACUCCGAAGCUUCCAAUCGUGUGGUCGCAACGAGUAUUUUAUCAGGCCAUUACUCUACACCACAAAUGAAGCUCGAAAACUUUUGGGAGAGGCUUGAUUAAUACUGUUAAUUAUGCGAACAACAAACGGCACCCCUCUAAUUCGUCUCCAAUGCAAGUUUUCUUCUUAUUGUUUUUUAUUGUUGGGUCAGUAGAAUCAAUCAUAACCUGCACUUUUAACUUGUGGAGUUCAAACAUUAUUCCACCAUCAAUCGAAUCAGUGGUUGGCUGCUCUCAUUUGAGUGCC